GCGAGUUUGAUGUGGGAGAAGGGGCAAGGCCGAGCCCACAGCAUAGGAGCGAGACGCCGGGGAGGCGAGAGACGGAACAGGCCACGCUCCGUAAAACCCCGCCGGUACCUUUGGAAACGUCACUGAUGUGGGUGUUUUCCUAGAAAAAUGUAAACUGCAAACUGGCUCAAAAUGAGAAGAAAGAGAGCAUCCCGCCCCUGGAGGAAGCCCAGCUGGAAUUCAAGCUGGAGCCCAUCUCCCACUUUCCUUCGCCAGAGAAAUGGCUUCGGACAUACCUGGAUCGGUGACAUUGCCCGUUGCCCCCAUGGCGGCCGCAGGACAGGUGAGGAUGGCAGGGGCCGUGCCCGCCCGCGGAGGAAAGCGGCGUUCCGGGAUGGACUUCGAUGACGAAGACGGUGAAGGCCCCAGUAAAUUUUCAAGAGAGAACCACAGUGAGAUCGAGCGGCGCCGGCGGAACAAGAUGACGCAGUACAUCACGGAGCUCUCGGACAUGGUCCCCACCUGCAGCGCGCUGGCGCGCAAGCCCGACAAGCUCACCAUCCUGCGCAUGGCCGUGUCGCACAUGAAGUCCAUGCGCGGCACCGGGAACAAGUCCACCGACGGCGCCUACAAGCCGUCCUUCCUCACGGAGCAGGAACUGAAGCAUCUCAUCCUUGAAGCAGCCGAUGGGUUUCUGUUUGUAGUGGCCGCGGAGACAGGGCGAGUGAUUUAUGUGUCUGACUCGGUCACCCCGGUUCUGAACCAGCCGCAGUCGGAGUGGUUUGGGAGCACGCUCUACGAGCAGGUGCACCCUGACGACGUGGAGAAGCUGAGAGAGCAGCUGUGCACCUCGGAAAACUCGAUGACAGGCCGCAUCCUGGACCUGAAGACGGGGACGGUGAAGAAGGAAGGGCAGCAGUCGUCCAUGAGGAUGUGCAUGGGCUCGCGGCGCUCGUUCAUCUGCAGGAUGAGGUGUGGAAAUGCCCCUUUGGACCACCUUCCUCUGAACAGAAUCACCACCAUGAGGAAAAGGUUCAGGAACGGUCUUGGCCCCGUGAAGGAGGGAGAAGCCCAGUAUGCCGUCGUCCACUGCACGGGCUACAUCAAGGCCUGGCCGCCGGCAGGAAUGACUAUCCCCGAGGAGGACGCAGACGUGGGACAGGGCAGUAAAUACUGCCUCGUGGCCAUCGGGAGGCUCCAGGUGACCAGCUCGCCCGUGUGCAUGGACAUGAACGGCAUGUCGGUGCCCACAGAGUUCCUGUCGCGGCACAACUCAGAUGGCGUCAUCACGUUUGUGGACCCGCGGUGCAUCAGCGUCAUCGGCUACCAGCCCCAGGAUCUUCUGGGAAAGGACAUUUUGGAGUUCUGCCACCCCGAGGACCAGAGCCACCUGCGAGAGAGCUUCCAGCAGGUGGUGAAGCUGAAAGGCCAGGUGCUGUCGGUCAUGUAUCGGUUCCGCACCAAGAACCGGGAGUGGAUGCUGAUCCGCACCAGCAGCUUCACGUUCCAGAACCCCUACUCGGACGAGAUUGAGUACAUCAUCUGCACCAACACCAACGUCAAGCAGCUCCAGCAGCAGCAGGCAGAGCUGGAGGUGCACCAGAGAGACGGGCUGUCCUCGUACGACUUGUCCCAGGUCCCUGUCCCCAACCUGCCAGCCGGAGUUCACGAGGCCGGGAAGUCCGUGGAAAAGGCAGAUGCCAUCUUCUCCCAGGAAAGAGACCCUCGGUUUGCUGAAAUGUUUGCAGGAAUCGGUGCAUCGGAGAAGAAGAUGAUGAGCUCGGCCUCCGCAGCAGGAACCCAGCAGCUCUACUCCCAGGGGAGCCCGUUCCCCCCCGGACACGCGGGCAAGGCCUUCAGGCCAGAACAUGUCCCAGAUCUCCCGGCAGCUAAACCAGAGCCAGGUGGCCUGGACCGGGAGUCGGCCGCCGUUUCCGGGACAGCAAGACCCAGUCGUCCCCCUUUGGGAUCGGAACGAGCCACAGCUACCCAGCAGACCCCUCUUCCUACAGCCCUCUCUCCAGCCCAGCUACCUCCUCGCCCAGCGGGAACGCCUACUCCGGCCUCGCCAACAGGACCCCGGGCUUCGCUGAAAGUGGACAGAGUGGCGGGCAGUUCCAAGGGCGGCCCUCGGAAGUCUGGUCGCAGUGGCAAAGCCAGCACCACGGCCAGCAGAGCGGUGAGCAGCACUCGCACCAGCAGCCCGGUCAGACUGAGGUGUUCCAGGACAUGCUGCCCAUGCCGGGGGACCCGACCCAGGGGACCGGCAACUAUAACAUCGAAGACUUUGCCGACCUGGGCAUGUUCCCGCCGUUCUCUGAGUAGCCGCGGGCAGAGCAAGGCUCCCACCGCCCCGCGCCGUCCCUGCUCUGACGCCGCUGCCCCUGCGAGCGGGGCCCACCCCCGCCCUGCCGCGGGAGCCCCCACCAGAAGCCACCCUCCCACCGCGUCCCCCGGCGUGGCAUCGCCCUGCUCCCACCCGCAGCCGCGGCUGCUCGGCCGCUAACCAGGGCCCUGGUAGACGCCGGGGGUCGGUCGUAUUUAUUGUAUGUUUCCUGUGUGUGCUCGGGGCGAGCCUUCAGUCUGCUUGUGAAUAAUCUCUUAAUGGACAAUCUGCCCUCAUGAAACCUUCAUUUCCUGCCUGGAGAGACCCGGCAGCAGCCGCAGCAGCAGGCGCCCGGGACACUGCGGCGGCUUCUCUUUCCACUUCUGCUGGGGGGCGGCCCGGCUGGGCUUGGGAACAGGCGGGCAGGCUGCGCGGCCCUGUCUACCGGCUGAGGAGCGCAGGGACACAGGGGCCACCCCCAGCUCUACGGAAGUCGCCAGGCGCCCACCGUGCGUGGGGCGGAUGUGCUCUGUGCCGCGAGCGUUCUGUCCUGGUGGGUGUGCUGUGCCCGUGUCUGUGGCGUGUGGCCGGGGUGGGCGUGGAGAUCCCGGUGUGCACAGUGAGCCACGCAGCCCCGUCCCCAGGCCCGGCAGCACCCCUGUCACGGAGGAUGCUCGGCCCAGGCGCUGGGAGCCAGGCUGGCACUUAGGGUCCCCAGGAGUCACAGCUGGGGACCUGCUCACUUUGGUAGGUCAGCUCUUUGCUCCAAGCCCCGGUGCAGAUGCAGCCCCUCCGCUCAGAGGAGCCAGCCCGCCCUCCUGCGGGGGCCCGGGGCUGCCCCCGCCGUUCUCCCGGCUCCGUGUUGGCGUCUCGUCCUCGCCCCACUGGCCAGAGGAGGCCCUGUGCCCCCAGCCCCGUGCACCCUGAGGUCACAGAGGCCCGGGCCCUUCUGUGCAGGGGUGGGUGGCAGGGGCAGGACACCACUCUCUGCUCGGUGGCUCUGGAGGUGGCACUCGGGCCCACUGCUCAGUGCUGGGGGGAGCUUCACCGCUGGCAGUGAGACAGUGCUCGCCAGAGUGCCCGAGGCUGGCAGCCACCUUUGUGGGAUCCCGGCCCCCAGACUCUAACGCGCCCCUGACUCUGCGGUUUCCAGAGCGGCUUUUAAGCCCCCGUCUGUGGUGGCGAUCGGGUCCCGAGUGUGGACGCACGUGGUGUGCACUCCAGCCUCAGAGCGACGCUUGCUUCCUUCUGGGGACAAGGCGGGUGGCUGAAACGCCGCACACCUUCAAGCGGCAGCCCGGAACGGGGCUCCCUCUGCGCCCCUGGCCCUGGCCACUCUGCCCCCAGCAGCCUUGCGCUGGCCCUCGGCCAUGGGUAUAAGUA